AUGGGCAAUGUCUCCAGUCGCCUCGACGAGGCGGGAAAUCUGUUCUUCAAGGACCAAAAUAGAUUCUCGAUCGCCUCCAUCACCAUAAGCAACUCUAGACGGCGCUUACUCACUCUCUCCCCUAACGCGUUCCCUGCGGUACGAUACAUAGCCAAACGAGAUGCUGGGGAUGAAGCUCCGAUCGAAUAUAUUCAGAAUAAUCUUCGCCGCGCAAAAAGGCAGGCUAACUCUGGCGUCAAAACACAGGACCCGGAUGUCCCCUCCACAGCCCCUGCUCCAUCUUUCAUGCUACGCUUAUCUAACGAAGAUGAACUGAUUUUCAACUUCACUUUCAUUCUCCGCCAAACACAAACGGGAAAUGUUGCAGGCUCUACCGUGAAUGGCGUGUCGACUUCGCUCCCGGAAGUGACUGAUACUGUCCUGAAUGGGUUAACCUUUGCUCACGCGUCAAAUUCCAAGGAACUAGACAACCUCAUCACACGAGAAUUUCAUGCGAACCCAAACCUACAGAAUAACACAAACGUGCAGCUUAUCGGCGACUACUCCACAGAGGGGACUCCAUCGGUAUCAUUUGAAUGGUCCUGGCGAUGGAAGCCUCCGAAGGGAACAGAGGACAAGGGUGGUGGUUGGCGAAAUAGCUGUAGUCUAUUGGACUAUGAUCAAAGGACAAACCGCCUAAAUACGCUUGCUCACUUUUCUUUCUGGGUACACAACUCUGUGCGCCUGUUGCCAAGCCCUCAGAUGUCAUCGCCUAACCUCGAACUACCGGUACCUCCUCGCAGUCGCGUCCCCUCCACCCAAUCUGCUGUUUCUCAUUUCAGCGAUUCUGAAACCUCUCACCAUGUUCUCUCCUCAACCACGCCACCAGAAACCGCGGAUGGUCUACCUCCUGCUCCAACACAACCCCCACCUCCACCACCCGUGAAAGUCGACCUGCCCCAUUCUCGUCCGGGAGAUGAUAUGAAUGUUGAAGAUGGUCCACUGUUCAGAGCUACAAUGAAGGCACUGGAACAGAAAACAGGCAACAUGCGGACAAAGAUCAAGAAGGUUCUCAAGAAAGCCGAAGCUGCUCAGCAGUUGCAGUCGACCUGCAAUGAAUCCAUGGAGGCAUUUUUAAGCUCGCUGAAUGAAGCUUCUACUUCAAAUGGCAAUGCGAUUCAGCCUGCGCUGGACCAUUAUUUUGAGAAGAUUGCCCGCCAAAUCCUGACGUACGAACAGCUGAACACGCUUCAGCUACAGAAACUCGUGAUCGAGCCACUUAUCAGGCUCUACCAGAACGACAUCAAACAAGCUGAAUCAAAAAAGAAAGAUUUCGAUGAAGAAAGCCGUGAUUAUUAUGCCUACGUCAGCCGGUAUCUUGGUCAGCGACAGGAUUCACUCAAAGAGAAGAAGCGUGCCGAAAGUGACUCGAAAUAUCAGACCAAGCGCCGAAAUUUCGAGCUCAAACGCUUUGAUUAUUCUUCUUUCAUGCAAGAUCUUCAUGGGGGCCGCAAGGAACAGGAAGUGCUCUCGCAUCUUACCAAGUACGCGGAUUUCCAAGCCAAGAAUUUCUUGGCUGCCGCGAAGAAGAUUGAGGAGAUGGUUCCUCAACUGGAUGCACUUAUCCAUGAGGUAAACCAAGCCGAUAAAGAGUUCCAAUUCAAGCGCACCGAGCGCGAAGAAAAGCGCCGGGCCUUGGAAAAGAACAGUAAUACAUAUCUCGAGCCUGAUGUCAUAAGUGGCGGAAGUGCCUCAAAUUCCUCUAUUGGAGUUUCUAAUGGAACUGGCUCAACUGAGCCCGAAUUGGGUCGAGCUGACAGCACGAGCUCUCAGCUUCGCGGGGUUAUCAGUAAUACAUCAUCCGUCUCGUCCCAGGCAAAUGCUGGAUCAGCCAACUCGACCGGUGGCGCUGGAUCUGCACCCUCGAACAGCACAGGAGCUGCAAGUACCCCGAGCCAGAAUCGCUUUAAAGGUAUCCGGGAUCUCGAAGAGCGAGAUUCUGUCGGAUCUGAUCGCACUGCUGGUCAACAACGAAAAGAAGGUCUAUUGUGGGCUCUCUCUCGGCCUGGAUCUCAUAUUGAUCCAAAGGGCAUCAACAAGCAGGCUUGGCAUAAGUUCUGGAUCGUUUUAGACCAAGGAAAGCUUUCGGAGUAUAGUAACUGGAAACAAAAGCUGGACCUUCACAUGGAGCCAAUUGACCUCCGAAUGGCCUCGGUCCGCGAAGCUCGAAAUGCUGAACGCCGAUUCUGCUUUGAGGUGAUUACACCUCAGUUCAAACGAGUCUAUCAGGCUACUUCUGAAGAGGACAUGGCCAAUUGGAUUCGCUCCAUCAAUAAUGCGCUGCAGAGUGCAGUGGAAGGUCGAGGAAUUCCACAGGUACCCUCUGUCUCGUCCAAGAAUGAGACGUCUACUGGUCGUGACAUUGGAUCUGUUUUAACCGGAAAAAGUUCUUCGGUAUCUGGCCACCACUCAUAUUCGAACAGUUCAAAUACUAGCGGAGUGGCUCGCCGUACAACAGUCGGUGCGCGACCAAGCUACGUUCGUAAUGACAGCAAUAAUUUCGAAGAAAACCCGUCACGACUUCUUCAAACCGUGCGUGACGCAGAUGAGGGGAACAAUUGGUGUGCCGACUGUGGAUCCUCUUCCAAAGUGGAAUGGGUGUCGAUCAAUCUCGGGAUUGUGUUGUGCAUCGAAUGCAGUGGUAUCCACCGAUCUUUGGGAACACAUAUCUCCAAGAUUCGUUCAUUAACCCUGGAUGUGCACUCAUUUUCGAAUGAUAUCGUCGAAAUACUGUUGCAAGUCGGCAACCGUGUCAGCAACAUGAUUUGGGAGGCGACACUGGACCCGUCACAGUCCCUCAAGCCAAGCGCAUCCUCUACACGAGAACAGCGAUUGAAGUUCAUCACGGCGAAAUAUGUCGACCGUGCCUAUGUUGAACAAUUACCCUCUUCACGAUCCCGAUUUGCUACUCCUGAUGAAACGCUUCUUGCUGCGAUCAAGAAGAAUGAUAUCCAGGGAGUCCUAUAUGGAAUUGCCCUGCAUGCCAACGUCAAUGUUCCGGAUCGCUCCCGCAACACCCACGCAGUAUUCCUGGCUCUUGCUGCCGCCGAUCCUGCUUCGCCUGGAUCCACUCCCACUGGCAUCUCCCCGCGGCCUAGCUCAAAAUCGAUAAAAGCGAUCCCCUUUCCCGUUGCCGAACUGCUGGUUCAGAACGGCACGGAGAUUCCCCCGCAACCCCCAUCCAUUCCUCUUUCUCCUGCGGCUCAGUUGUAUCUUAGCCAGCGGACCGCACGGAACUCUGCAUUCAGUACCGUCGGUUCUUCCGCGAUGACUGGCAAGGCUAUCGUCAACGAUACUCUGGGAUCCCUCCCCACUAUUCGGGGUUCGAGCAGGGACGACCCUAUCUCAUCCGGGUCCCAGGCCUCCAAUCAAUCUGAUUCUAAAGAGAAAGACAAGCUUUCCAAGCGAGGAAGCGCCGGCGCUAGAUUCGCAGGGAAAGUGGCAUCCCUCGGAAUCGACCGAUAA